ACUGUAUGAACAUGGUGCAUAUUAGUUUUAUCCCUCGAAGACAAAAUUAUUGGUUUUUCAUUUUCCUGGACUACAGCAAUGUAAGUAUUAUCGUGACUCCAAGAAAAAUUCACAUAUUUCCCCUUGUUUUCUUCGGUAAAAAUAAAAUAAUUUUCUAAAUCGUUAUUGCACCAUUUGUGAUAACUUAAACUUUCGCUAGCGGACGCAAACAUUUUGAAUAAUUUAACAACAAAAAACGUUAAGUGACGUUUGACGUUUGAUUAAAUACAUAUGGAAUUAAAAUUUAACCGUACUGCUUGUAUCGCAUGUACCAGUGGAUUAUUAUUCUUUUUUGGAUGGUGGUUAUUUAUUGAUGUAACAGUACAAUAUGGGAAAGUCAUGAAAGAGAACGGGGUGUACUUUUUACCAGGGAUUUUGGGCACGAUAUCUGGAAUUCUAAUGAAUUUAAUACCUCUUGAUGCUCUGACAGGGUCAAUUUUAUAUGGAACAACAAGAUGUGGGAUAAAAUCUUCCACAGCAGCGAGAUUAUUGUUAUUAUUUUGCCUCAUGAUUUUAUUUGGUUCCAUAAUUGCCGCAAUUUAUAUUCUUAUAAGCGAUUUUGGUUUAAACCAAAGCAGACCACAAUAUCCGGGAUACGGUAUUUUUAUACAAAAUAUCUCUAUAUUUAGUGCUGCUAUGAUUAUCAGAUUUACAAAAAGAGAAGAUAAUUUGAUUUAAUGUUUAAAACAAGAAGAAAAUGUGUAAAAAAUAUAUUUGUG